UAAAUGACCAUGGAAUCUGGAGCAGAGAACCAGCAGAGUGGAGAUGCAGCCGUUACGGAGGCAGAAAGCCAACAGAUGACAGUACAGGCACAACCACAGAUUGCAACAUUAGCCCAGGUAUCGAUGCCGGCAGCUCACGCGACGUCCUCUGCACCCACGGUGACCUUAGUUCAGCUGCCCAACGGGCAGACUGUGCAAGUCCACGGAGUCAUUCAGGCUGCCCAGCCGUCAGUUAUUCAGUCUCCCCAGGUCCAGACAGUUCAGAUCUCCACUAUAGCAGAAAGUGAAGAUUCACAGGAAUCAGUAGACAGUGUCACAGACUCACAGAAACGCAGAGAAAUUCUUUCCAGACGACCGUCCUACAGAAAAAUUUUGAAUGACUUGUCCUCAGACGCCCCGGGAGUGCCAAGGAUCGAAGAAGAAAAGUCUGAAGAGGAAACAGCAGCCCCUGCCAUCGCCACCGUUACAGUGCCAACUCCCAUUUACCAAACCAGCAGUGGGCAGUACAUUGCUAUUACGCAAGGAGGAGCAAUCCAGUUGUCAAACAACGGCACAGAUGGAGUACAAGGGCUCCAGACAUUGACUAUGACCAAUGCAGCUGCAACCCAACCUGGCACCACCAUUUUACAGUACGCACAGACCACAGAUGGGCAGCAGAUACUUGUACCCAGCAACCAAGUUGUUGUACAAGCUGCCUCGGGAGACGUGCAGACGUACCAGAUCCGCACGGCGCCCACCAGCACCAUCGCGCCGGGCGUAGUCAUGGCGUCCUCCCCAGCGCUUCCCACGCAGCCGGCGGAGGAGGCCGCGCGGAAGAGGGAAGUGCGUCUCAUGAAGAACAGAGAGGCAGCACGUGAAUGUCGUAGGAAGAAAAAGGAGUAUGUGAAAUGUCUAGAAAAUCGAGUGGCUGUGCUUGAAAACCAAAACAAGACACUGAUCGAGGAGUUGAAAGCACUUAAGGACCUUUACUGCCACAAAUCAGAUUAAUUUUGGAUUCCCAUUUUCACUUGUCCAGGUGGGAUUGAGACUGGUUCUGGCUAUAACCAGAAAGACAAAGUAAACUUUUCAUUUUCUAAACAUUUCUUUUUUUUCUAUGCGCAAAACUGCCUGAAAGCAACUACAGAAUUUAAUUCGUCUGUGCUUUGCAUCAAACUGUGAAUGUUCAAACACUUGCCUCCACUUCUCCCCCUACAAGAUUAUUUUCGUCAUUAAAUGUGUGCGAAGAAGAAGAACAGGCUUCUUUCUCAUCUCCCCAUCCUCGUCAAGGAGGAACAGUGAUUCCUUGGGAAGCUCCUGUGGGGGAGGGUCCGUUGGUGAUGAUUUCAAGAAUUUGUGUUGAGCUCUUUUGAUUGCCUUAGAGACAGAACCACCCCAGCCUCUCGGCCCAGGGAACUGUGUGGGCCACGUACAUUCUAGCAUGUAUGGUGCAAUGAAGAAGCAGUGGUUGCCAAAUUGGUUUCACAUGUUCAUUAUAAACUACAAAAAUACGUGGCUGAGAGACGUGCCAAAUCAAAGGCACUUCACAGCCGUAUCGUUGGUGUGGAGAUAACAUACAAUUAUUAAACUAGCCCAGAAGGAUUUUGGUGUAUAAUCUGUGUUAAACCCUCCUGGAUUAAUAAAAAUUUCUCCAUACCUCAGAAAAAAAGGCAUUGAAACUGCCCUUACUGGUCAGUUGUUGCUUCUUGAAGCAUAUUUUAUACAAGUGUGUUCAGCAUUCUGAAUGCACAAAAAGAAAUCAUGAACUUUGUAGGAUACUGGUUGGGAAAUUAUAUUUGAGGGGAAAUUGAAUU